AUGCCUCCAACGACCAACGCUUUUCCUGCGCGCCUCAUGGGGCACCUCGCGAUUCGCCGAUUGCACGCCAAGACGCUUUGUAUCCGGCUCGGCGGCCAAGAGAUUGUCGUGACCAAGGACCUGCGCGUGUUCAAGCCCGUGCUUGGACAGUUCAUCGCGCACUUUGAGCCAUCGGGCAAGGCGCGCGCGGCAGUCGGUAGCUCGAUGCCAUCCCGCGCCUUUGUGCAAGGACCCGUCGACGACUGCGCAAGCAUCGACGUCGUACCCGAGGUCGUGAUGCCCAAGCUCGCCUUCGACAUGAUGAGCCAGCUGCUCUCCGAUUGGGACGCCAAGACAAUGCAUGGCGACUCGCUCUCGCUCCUCGCGUCGGCGCUGCUGGUUUCAGACGUGAUUGGCAAGCGCACUAUGCUGCCGCUGCCGUGGCUGUGGCGCUUGCUGUGGACCCGCAACCGCGGCACCAACGCCGCCCGCGACGUCCUCCGAGCCCACGUUUGGUCGCUCGUGGCCGCGCGGGGCGUUCGUGGCCCACCAUCGUCGCUUCUGGACGCGAUGGUGGCCGCAACGUCCGACGGCAAACUCUCGACAAACGAACUGCGUGACAACCUCCUCGCUCUCCUCUUUGCAGUGCAAGACGAGCUCUACGAAGCGCUGCUCGACGCGUUUCCCAACGGCGCCAGUGAGAUUGCAUAUGCAGCGUCGAGCCAGCGACGCGCCGUGCCGUACUUGUGCUGGACAGUUGACCAAGUGCUGCGCUUGAAGCCCGCCGUGCCCGUCAUCAGCCGUCAGUGUGUGUCGCCGUGCGUCAUUAACGGCGUCGAGUUCCGCGCCAGCGACGACGUGCUCAUCGACGGUGGCAGUGCCUGCCGCGACGAUGACUACAGCCCUGGUCAUUUCGACCUGGAUAAGUUUUGUCCAUCGCGCUUUGGCGACUCAACUGCCGCACUCGACAAGUUGGCGCUGCUGUCGUUUCGCGCAGGAAAGCGUCUCUGCCCCGGGCGCAAUAUCGCGCUGAACCAAGUGCGCGCCGUGUGCGCUUAA